AUGAAUAUUGAACUACUAACUACAUUUCAGCAAAAUUAUCCAGAAGAGUUCGAUGGCACGUUGGAUUGUGCAUCGAUGGCUGUAUGCUGUGCUUUUAACAAAAUCGGUUCUAUGCUAGCUGUCGGUUGUUCCGAUGGUCGUCUUGUUAUUUGGGAUUUUCUCACGCGUGGUAUCGCGAAAAUAAUCUCUGCAGAUUGGUCGCCCAUCUAUUCGAUAUCAUGGUCGAAAAAGUCCGAUUUAAUCGCAACAUCAUCGACGGAUAACACAGUUUGUGUCUGGUACACAUCGACAGGUCGUUGUCGAACACGCAUUUCAUGCAUUCAAUCGUCUAUUCUCAAAGUCCAAUUUCAUCCGAGAAAUUCCUCCUAUUUACUGAUUUGUCCAAUGAAACACAGUCCUGUACUAAUUGAUAAUACUGGCAAGCAUACAAUCGUCACGAUUGACGAUGAACCGAACGAUAUUAUUUCCACAUUCGAUCGCAAAGGUGAACAUAUUAUUCUCGGAAACAAUCGAGGAUUAAUUGUAGUGAAGACAUUUCCUGAUCUAAAAACAAUUUCAUCGUUUCGAAUCACCACUGGAACGAAUGCAAAUACUGUUUUGAGACACAUUGAAAUACCUCGUCGUGGACAAUACUGUCUGAUUAACACAAGCGAUCGUAUCAUUCGAAUUUACAAUUACACAGAAAUGUUGACAUGUGGCAAUGUUCGUGAUCUCGAACCGAAACAGAAAUUGCAGGAUUUAGUUAAUAAAUCCCUCUGGCGAAAAUGCUGUUGGUCAGGGGAUGGAGAAUAUAUAUGUGGUGCGUCAUCGCGGCAACAUUCGUUGUACAUUUGGGAAACUGUUUCGGGUAAUCUAGUCAAAAUUCUUCAUGGAACAAAGGGUGAAACGUUAGCAGACGUAUGUUGGCAUCCAGUGCGACCGAUUAUUGCCAGUAUAUCGAGUGGUGUAGUAUCAAUAUGGUCACAUUCUCAAGUCGAAAACUGGUCAGCAUUCGCACCGGAUUUUCGUGAAUUAGAAGAAAACGUUGAAUAUCAUGAACGCGAGUCAGAGUUCGAUAUUAAAGACGAAGAUCGAAGUUUAGAUGGAUCCGAUUAUGCAAAUUCACCAAAUAAAAAACAACGCUUAGAAUUAAAUGGUCCAGUGAAGAAAAAUAAUGAUGACGACAUCGAAUUAGACGUUGUUACUGAACAACGUAUUGAAGCGUUAGUUUCAAGUGACGACGAUGAUAUUAACGAUCAACUUGUUUAUUUACCAUCAGCGCCCGAAAUUGAAGAUCCAGAAAGCGAUGUUACGCCUGCAAUAACAAAGAAUCCAGUAGUAAGUCAAAGUUCUUCCGUUGAUGCCGAUCAGAAGUUUGAUAUUCAACUACAAAUUCCACCUGUUUAUGACACACAUCCGUACUAUGGUGGAACUAAACAAGCACGAACAGUUGGUAAUGCUCCUCUCGUGCCUGCUCAAGAUGUCAAACGUGACGGAAGACAACGACGAAAGGGACAACAGAAUGAACUUGAGCAACAAAAUGUUCUUCUGCCUAAAUCGAUCGAUGCAGCGGUGGCAACAGUUGCGAAUAAUCCGAAGCGUUUAACGCCCACGAAUGGUAGUGGUACAACAGCCGUCGCACCGAAUGUCGAAACCAAAGGACAACGAGCGCGUUCAGCACGAAUCGAAGGAAAGAAAGCCUCGGCUGGUCAACAUCGAUUAUCAACAGAUAAUGACACAGACUUUCUGCCGCAUUAA